AUGGCUUUAGACCAAUUGGAGACUGCUGAAUGGCAACACGUCGAGGAUGAGUACAACUUUAUUAUUGCAGGAGGCGGCACCGCGGGUCUAGUCCUAGUCAACCGCCUGACUGAAUCUGGAAAGAACCGCAUCCUCGUGCUCGAGGCCGGCCCGGAGCCCACCGUCGUGUCAGCCUACGAACCACCCGGUGGCAACCAGUUCCUCGGCGCAACCGCCAUCGACUGGUCCUUCUAUACGUCUCCGCAGGAGCGUAUGGACGACCGCGUACUCCGCUAUCAUCGCGGUAGAUGCCUGGGCGGGAGCAGCGUCACAAAUGGCUUCUACUACGGUCGCGGCUCAGCUUCCGUCUUUGAUGAUUGGGUCCACCUCGGCAACCCGGGCUGGGGCUGGCAUGACUUAUACCCUCUUCGCGUUCGAGGCGACGGGCUGCAUAUUGAUUGGCCUGUCAUCCCUGCUCACCUGAGUUAG